UGACUAGGUAGCCAAAAAAGAUAUAGAUCCCACGUGGCAUCGUAUGUAUGACCGUUGCAAAUUCAAAUUUCGAAACCAAAUCUCUCUCAUCUCGGAAUAAAUUUUAAAGUCUCUCUCUUUCAUUCACGCUGAAAAUUUGGUCAUUGAGAGACGGAACCCAAAAAAGAAGCCAUGAAAACGGUCCUUUCAUCCUCAGCUUCUUCAAACUCAACCAUCACCACCGCCGCCACCACCAACCCCGUCACCGUCGCCGGGGAAGAAGAUGAGAGAUCGGAAGCCCGUGACAGCUGUUACUACCCUGGCUGCCGGAAAGACGCGAAUUGCAACUGCAAGAUUUGCUUGGACAGUAUCAACGCCACAUUAGACCUAAUGCCUUACAGUGUCCAGAAAAGCUCCCUCACGAAGCUCUCUGCUUCAAGACCUAAUCUGGAAACCACUCCAAUUUCCUUUAACCCUUCGAUUUUGACCACACCGACUUCCGGUACCUCUCGGAUCUUGAACUACCCUAAAUUUAAAUCUCCAGUGAAAUUGACUUCGAGAUUUAAAGCUGAGGAAGGGGAAAAAGAUUCGAGUAAGUUCCGUCGGUUGGUGACGUUGAUUUUUGUUAUUUGCUUGAUUUUUGCGGCAACUUCUGGGUUUUCAUGCGCGAUCGCCGCGGUUUUUCAACCGAAGCUGUCGGCGGAAAUUGUUAGAACUGCGAGUAAGAAAUCUCAGUUCGUGGAAGAUUUGAACGGAAAAUUUAGGGUUUUGCAGAGAGUGUUGCAGGAGAUGAUGAAUGGGGAGAUUUCAAAUUGCAGUCACUCGAAUUCAUAUUGGGAAAUUGACCAGGAGGGAAUGCUCUUAAGUUCAAAGUGUACAAUGUACAAAUCAGCCACAGAGGCAGUGAGCAUAUGGGGAUGGCCUCUGCAGACUGCUGGAUUGCUUCGAACAGGGUUUUCACAACGCUCAUUCACAAUCCUAUCAGGCAGAGUUACAGAGUGGUCUGACGGAGGGAUAGGCUACCUGGUUCGAGAGGCGAAUACUUCUUGGGUACAGAACAAAUGGGGUGCCUCGGCUGUGCACUUAGAUCCUCAUACAUGGGUUCUUGAGUAUCGACAGAGCUCAUUGUUAGAGAACUCGAGCUUGAAUGUGAUGGCUGCAGAUUUCUUCAAACAUUGGAUGAUGAAAGUCAUGAGAAGACUGAAGAACGAGGUUUGGGUGUUUUUGGAUGUUGGAACCAAGUUUCAUGAGAUUAUUACAGCCACUCGUGAUUUUAAGACUCCAACAUGAGGAGAAAGGAGAUCAUCUCAUCUCUGGUGAGAAGCUUUUGAAAUUUUGUUUAAAUGUUUCCUUGUGUGUGUUGUGUCUUUAGGAUCAAGAUGUUAGUUGAUGCUAUCUGUAAAUGUAACUUCAGAGAAUCAGGUUUCUUCUAUCUAUUUGAUGGUUUCUUUUUCUGGCAA